AGCUUUUAUCAAGUGGUGAUUUUAUGCAAUGGCAUCAAGCCACAGUUCUUCACCAGUGCCUCAGUCAAACAGCAGCGAUGCUUUCUUUAAAAAGGAAAUGGAUGCCACAAAACGUUUUCGACCUGUGCAGUCGCUGCCUGACGUGUGUCCCAAGGAACCCACAGGCGAUCCCAGUAAUUUAUGUGACAGCCCGUCUCUAGUUGUGGAUCAGCACAGAUGGACUAUUUAUCAUUCCAAAGUCAAUCUCCCAGCAGCAUUAAAUGAUCCUAGGUUAGCAAAAAGGGAAUCUGAUUUCUUUACAAAAACAUGGGGAGUGGACUUUGUGGACACUGAAGUCACGCCUUCAUUCUACCUCCCACAGAUCACCAAGGAACAUUUUGCAUUAUACCAACAGGAAAUUACUCCGAGAGAGAAGGUUCAUGAAAGAAGCAAGAAUAUUUAUACUCCUAAAGAUACCCUCGACCGGACUCUGUUACACACCCACGAUAAAUCCAGGACAGAUCUGGAACAAGUACCUAAGAUUUUUAUGAAACCAGAUUUUGCCUUGGAAGAUUCCUUAACAUUUAAUGCCGUUUUACCAUGGUCUCAUUUUAGUACUGCUGGUGGAAAAGGAAAUCGUGACGCAGCUUCCUCCAAGUUACUUCAAGAAAAGCUGAGCCAUUAUCUGGACAUCGUGGAAGUCAAUAUUGCUCAUCAGAUUUCUCUGCGCUCAGAAGCAUUUUUUCAUGCAAUGACCUCUCAGCAUGAGUUACAGGACUACCUCAGGAAAACCUCCCAGGCUGUAAAAUUACUUAGAGAGAAAAUCUCCAAAAUUGAUAAAGUAAUGUGUGAAGGAUCACUUCGAGUUUUAAGACUGUCACUCACCAGAAAUAACUGUAUAAAAGCAUACAAUAAACUGAAGUUAAUGGCUACUGUACACCAAACACAGCCCACAGUACAGUUGCUGCUAUCAACUUCUGAGUUUGUCGGAGCUUUGGAUUUAAUAGCAACAACACAAGAAGUGUUACAGCAAGAGCUUCAAGGCAUUCACAGUUUCCG